AAUUCCAAAGUUUCAAUGUCAUCAGAACGUAGUGGUCCCAAUGGAUCAUUGGAAGAUAACGGUGACUAUUUGCCAUUAGAAGUAAUUGGUGAGGAAAAUUCUUUAGAUGAGAAUCAUGUGUGUGAAGAUGUAAUUAUGUCAAUUACAAAUAAGCAUGUGCAAUGUUUGGCGAGAUUUUCGAACAAUGACCUGCUUGCCAAGGACACUAUCGGUCAAAAUGCUCUUCACAUGGCAGCCCGGGUUGGAAAUUUGAACAUUUUGAAGUACUUACUGGACAGACUUCCCGAGCUUAGGGACAUCCAGUCGACGAAUGGUGAAACUGCAGCACACAUCUCGGCUGCUCAUGGAGAUAUGCGAGCACUUGAAAUUCUUCUUGGCGGCUCCCUAAAAUCGACAAUGAAUUGUGCAAUGACCCGUGACGUCAACGGAACAUCCAUUCUUAUGGCCGCAACUGCUCGUGGUGACACUGACAUGAGCAUCUGGUUGCUCAGAAAAUUUGGAAAAGCACUUGCACUUCUCGAUAAUAACUGCAAAAUGCUACCAGUUCAUGUGGCAGCUGCACAAGGAAAUAUUGAGUUUCUUCGUGCCGCAAUCAAGUUUGAUAAUCAAAUGGUAAAUGCAAGAGAUGAAUUUGGGUGUACUCCAUGUGUAUAUGCUGUGCAAGGUGGAUGUCUUGGAACUGUUCGAUUCCUAGUUGAAAAGGCUAGAAGUGAAAUGGGAUCAGUGAGUAAUAGAGGUCAAUCUCUACUUCAUAUUGCAUGUCUCUGUGGUCAUGAACAUAUUGUAAGAUGGAUUUUAAAUAGAAGUGGAUCUGAUGCUAUUUUAUGGACAACUAAUGAUAGAGCAAAUGCUAUACACUGUGCAGCAUAUUCCGGAAGUGUACCUGUUCUUUCUCAUUUAUUAAAUGCAUUCAGCAAAAAGAAGAGACAUUAUGUAAUGACAUUGAGGGAUACAAGAGGAAAUACUCCACUUCAUUUGGCUGCAAUGAAUAAUCAUUUGGAUGCAGCACUUUAUAUGCUUGAAAACGGUGCGGAUCCAGCGUUGAUCAAUGCCAAUGGUCACUCUCCUCAAUCGAUUGCAGCUCUCCGGCAUCACAGAGAAAUGGAAAGACUUGUGGCAGCUUAUCAAGGGAAGCGAAGAAAGAGCAAGUCAAAGAAGAAGUCACAAUCGAUGCAUGAUCUAUCACAAUUUGCUUCUCCAAAUCCGAAUGGUCCAAUUAGUCCAGGAGGUGUCACGAGUUAUUCAAGUAAUACAAACGGAUUUGAGACGGCUGAAAGAAGAGCAUUCUCGCCACGUGAAUUAAGUUCGGGGUACUCGAGUAAUGGAGAUGUGGCUGAGUCGAUUAAAAGCGAGGCAGAAAUCGUUCGCCAUCGCCUCCGAUUCAUUGAAGAUGACAUUGAUUCCCUCCGAGAUACUGGUGCUCAAACAGAAAUGGAUCUUCUUCAGACUCAUGUCAAAGUGCUUGAUGAUAAGACAUGGGCUGGUCUCGGUCUUUCAGCUGUUGAACAUAUUGAUCGAGUUCUUGAUGAACUUGAAUUUGAAGAGUAAAUCAAGAGAUUUUAAAGAUUUCUGUAUAACUUCUCAUAACUUCUUUCAGUUUUUAUUUACCGUCAAGUUCUUUCUAACCCUUUUCUUUUCUUCAAAUUUUUAAAUUGUAACGCUCGUAUCGUUUGUGAAAUUUACUUAAGAAACAUUUACAGAUCUCAUUUUGUAUAUUCGUUGCAAUUUGUUUUAUUAUCAAAUAAUUUUCCCAGAAAUAAAAACUUAAACACAAA